UCACAGAGCAAAGAGUCAGGCCGCAGAGGAAAAUGAAGGGCCUCUACCAGGCUGCUGGCAGGACCCUGGUCACUCUGGGGAGCCUGAGCAUCUUCUCUGGAUCCAUCGCCUUCUUCCCUGUCUUUUCCUGCAAGCUUUGGUACACAGGAUGGAGCGUUUGGAUUGCCUGUCCCAUCUGGAACGGGGCUUUGGCUGUCACAGCUGGAUCACUCGUGCUGCUGGCUCAUCGAGAGUGGACUCAGAGACACUUGUGGGAAGCUGUUUUCACCUUUGUAGUUCUGAGCAUUCUGGGAUGUCCCCUUCAUUUCGCAGUAGCCUUGCAGUCUGCCCUCCUUGGUCCAUAUUGCUUCUACUCCUUUUCAGGGGUCUCGGGGACCAAUUACCUCGGUUAUGCAGUUGCCUUCCCUUUUCCGUACACGAAGUUCCCAUCGGUCUGUGUAGACCCACUGCACUAUGAAGAGUAUCACCUGACCCUUCAGGCCCUGGACCUGGGCCUGAGCCUCACCCUGUUCUGUGUGUCUGUAGCUGUGUUCAUCAAGCUUUCUGCAAGACUGAUGCAGACCGGACACGUAAAUGGGCCAUGUGCCAAGGACUGCAAAAAUAGGAUGGCCCAGCAGCCCCACGCAGCAGCCUGGCGCAGCAGCCCCGCGUAGCCCUGCGUGGCCCCCGCGCGGCCCACAUCACACACAACUUACAUUGGACAACUGAUCCAGAAACACAGCAAUUAUCAGCAUUCUCGGUCCAAUCAGUAAUGCAGCUAUGGGAAAAUAAGGAUCAGGAUUUCUGACACCUUGCAGCCAUUCCCUCAACUGCGCCCUCCGCCAGCCAUCCAGAUGGGGUGUCUCCUUUUAUUUUCCUUUCAUUAUUUUUUGUUAUGCUUUGUGGCUUUUUUUAAUGAAAAGGGGAGGGAAAACAUUUCCCCCUCUUGUCGUGUGAGGUGAUGGUUUUACUUUUUCUAAUGAAUGGAGAUGCUUGCCUCACAGAAAAGAUGCCGGUAAACCCUUCAGGUGUAAUUUAAAGACACUUGAGCAAAACAUUUAUUAACCCGCAGUUCUUUCCCGUAGCAGGAGACAGAUGAGCUGGCAUGUAAUGGCGCAUGUCUUGAGCAUCAUUAAUUCUCUGCAACAGUACAAAUAUUAGGGAGGUAUUUUGAGACAGGCUCUCAUAAUGUAGAUGGGGCUGGCAAAUCCCCCUGCCUCUGCCUCUGAUGUGCUGGGAUGACAGAUAUGGUUCACCACGCCCAGCUUCUGUAAGUGUACUUUGAAAUGGAAUAUAUUGUUUUUGAAACAGACAGAAUAUAUUGUUUUUGAAAAUGACACUU